AGCCUCUUCACGCCGGCCGCACACAAAUGUGCAGCCUCCCGGCGCUUGGGCCUUGACGCCGAGCGGCCGCACAUUUGGGUGCAAUUAAGAAAAACAUAUGUGCUGAGAGCGUGCGCCCUGCACGCUACCAGCACACAUGUCCGGUACUCACAGAAAGGUCCCGAUCUCCUCUUUCGAUCAGGAUAUUUCCCGAUCAUGUGACCACUGUGACGUGGUCACAUGAUCCCUAAACCGCGCUCCGCCUGCCACGCCUCCCGGCUUCUGAAACUCUUAAAGGGCCGGGAGGCACCGGCGGGAAGGGGUUAA